UUUACAGUUUUUACGUGAAUGCAAAAGUUGGGACUGUUUAAUAGUUUUUACAAGCGAUGUGAAGUUGGCUCAUUAAUAUUUAUUGUAACAUUUUAGCGCUUUAUUUACCGAUUAUGUGCUCGUUAUUUUGACGUCUGUGUGUUUUUGGACUCACUGUUAUAAAGAUGGCGUUUAUUAAAGAGGAGAGUGAAGAUGUGAAGAUUGAAGAAACAUUGAGAGUCAAACAAGAAGAUACUGAGGAACAAACAGACCUCAUGUCGCUGAAAGAGGAGCACAUCAUACCAAAUGAAAUGGAAAAGAAAGAAAAAUAUGAGACUCAUCAUGAUUUUAAAACCGGAGAAGAAUCUUUCAGUUGGCCACAGAUUAAAGAGACUUUCUCACAGAAAACGGCUCAUAAAUCAGGAACUGAAAGUUAUUUCAACCCUUUUCACUGCGAAAAGAGUUUCAAUGAACAUGGAAACCUUAAAGUCCACAUGAAAGUUCACACUGGAGGGAAGCCUUUCACCUGCCAACAGUGUGGAGUCAGUUUCUCUCAUGAAGGAAACCUUUACAGGCACAUGAAAAUUCACCCUGGAGACAAGCCUUACAGCUGUCCUGAGUGUGGCAAGAGUUUUGAUCAUAAUGGAAGCCUUAAAGUGCACAUGAGAGUUCACACUGGAGAGAAACCAUACUCCUGUCUUCAGUGUGGAAAGAGUUUCUAUAAUCAGGGAAACCUUAUAGUGCACAUGAAAAUUCACACUGGAGAGAGUCCUUUUAUCUGUCAGCAAUGUGGAACAAGCUUCAUUCAUGAAGGAUUCCUUAAUAGACACAUGAGAAUUCACUCUGGAGAGAAGCAUAAAAUGUGUCAUCAAUGUGGAAAAAGUUUCAGUCGAAAAGGAAGCCUUAACAAACACAUGAGAAUUCACACUGGUGAAAAGCAUUACUUGUGCCAUGAGUGUGGAAAAAGUUUCAAUCGAAUAGGAACUCUGAACAGACACAUGACAAUUCACACUAGAGACAAACUUUAUACAUGCUGUCAGUGCGGAGAGAGUUUUGAGCUACACGAAAGCCUUAAAGCCCACAUUAGCGUGCACACUGGAGAGAGUCCCUUCACCUGCCAACAGUGUGGAAAAAGUUUUACUCAAAAAGGAAACCUUAAAAGGCACAUGAAAAAAUUACACUUCAUUUGUUAAACACAAACUUGAUCAACACAAGAGGAUUAAAUUGAGAGAACUGUUUUAUGUCAUCAGUGUGGAAGGAGUUUCUUGGACCGGAAUCAUCUAAAAAUGUUAUGAUGUGUAGGAAGCUCAGAAGAGAAGACCAGGGGCCAGUUCAGGGGGCGAAUUCUUCCCAAUGGUCACUCUUUUGUGAUUUUCUCGGUUGCAUGAGCACAUCAUUUGGUCUCCAAUUUAUUUAUUUUUUUGCACUACGGUUUAACAUUCAAACUGUUCCUUUACAUCAGUAGUAUUAUUUGUGAUUUUUAAUUUUGUGAACAGUAGUUCCUUUUUUGAUAUGUUGUAAGCCAGACUUCAUGCACUUUUGCUUUCACUUUUGAAUUUGUGAUAUUGUUGUCACAUUUUAAAAGAAAAAUCAUUGUCACACAAAAGAUAA